AUGCGUCUGCUCACUCUUGCCUCCUUGGUGGCUGCUGCCGCCGCGCAGUCCGACCUGGCCUCAACCCUCGCGUCCCAGGAUGACCUCUCGACGCUGCUCUCGGUCCUCCAGGGCCUGCCCGACCUUGUCGAUGCUCUCUCCUCCGCGACCAACAUCACCAUCUUCGCACCCACCAAUGAUGCCUUUGACUCCGUGCCCGAGGACAGCGCCAUUGGCCAGGCCAUUGCCAACAACGACACGACCGCCAUCAGCGCGCUGCUGUCCAACCACGUCUACCAGGGUCAGUACCCAGCCGACGCUGUCAUGGAGACACCCGUCUGGAUCCAGUCCCUGCUCGACGAUAGCUACGUGAGCGACGGCAUGCCCUUCAGCAACUUCACCGGCGGCCAGUACAGCGGCGUCGUCCUGGACGGUGACAACGUUGUCGUCAUCUCGGGCGAUCUGACCCUCUCCACGGUGACCGAAGCGGACAUCAUGGUCGGCGACAGCGUCAUCGUCCACAAGAUUGACAAGCCCAUUGCCUUCUCCCCCACCCUGGUGGACUACACCCGCCGCGAUGGCCUCCUCAACUUCAACGCCGCCCUGGCCACCGCCGACCUGCCCGUCAACUUUGGCGACGACAGCGACAAGAUGAGCAUCUCCGACUUUACCAUCUUCGUCCCCAACGACGCCGCCUUUGCGGCCAUUGGCUCCGUCCUCGAAGGUGCCGACCUCAAGACCCUCCAGGAUGUCCUGACCUACCACCUCGUCGCCGACAAUGUCGUCUUCUCCACCGCUCUCGGCAACGUCAGCCUGCCCAGCUACCAGGGCGCCGACCUAACCUUUACCGUGGCCGACGACGGCAGCGCCUGGGUCAAUGACGCCAAGAUCGUCUUCCCCAACGUGCUCCUGGCCAACGGUGUGGCGCACAUCAUCGAUGGUGUCCUCAACCCUGCCGAUGCUCCCUUUGACAGGGCGGACAUUAUGCCCGAGGCGGACGCCAGCGACCGUGUCGCCUUUGAGAACGCUACCCCCGUCUCCAUGCUCCCCUUCUCGACCACCACCCCCGAGAUGUCCUACACCACCCCCGAGCUGCUGCAGACCUACGCCGCCGUCGCUGCCGACGGCGACAUGGAGGCUACCAUGACCUCCGACAUGGGCGGUGACAGCACUGGCGAGCCCUCGUCCGUCCCCACGGACAGCGGCGCCGUCAAGAUGAUGACGGGCGGUGUCCUCGCCGGCGCCAUGCUGGUCUCCAUGCUGAUGAUCUAA